GCGUCGGUAGUUUCAAAUCUGACUUGGCUCUUUGACGUCAGUCCUCGUUUUUGCCAAGACGGCGUCACCAGCAAACUAAUAGCACAAUCAGUCCUCCGAUUUGCUUGGGCCGCUCUUUCCACACUACCUCGUUUUCUUCGUCCGUCACUUUCUUCCGGUAGCUGCUUGCCUGCUUCUUUUGAUCCCCUGCCCCUGCCUCUCUCCCUUCUAAUCGUCUUAGAUUUUCUCUUCUCUUUCUGUUUCUUCUCCGCGGGCUCUGGCUAAGUACCAUCCAUCCUGAUCUGCCAAUCCACGUUCUAUUGUUCUAACUGCAAAUUAAAAGUUGCAGAUUAUUUAGGCAUUAGGGGACGUCGACAUGGAGAUCACCAAUGUUUCUGAGUAUGAAGCGAUUGCGAAGCAGAAGCUGCCGAAGAUGGUUUACGACUACUAUGCCUCGGGUGCAGAGGAUCAAUGGAGCCUCAGGGAGAACAGAGCAGCCUUCUCCAGGAUUCUAUUUCGUCCCCAUGUACUUGUUGAUGUGUCCAAGAUUGAUAUGACUACAACUGUCCUGGGUUACAAUAUAUCGAUGCCCAUCAUGAUUGCCCCAACGGCUAUGCUGAAAAUGGCUCACCCUGAAGGAGAGUAUGCAGUAGCAAGGGCAGCAUCAGCAAGUGGCACAAUUAUGACAUUAUCGUCAGUCUCUACUUCCAGUGUUGAAGAGGUUGCCUCAACAGGACCAGGAAUUCGCUUCUUCCAGCUUUAUGUCUUCAAGGAUAGAAAUAUAGUUGCACAGCUUGUUAAAAUAGCUGAAAGGGCUGGCUUCAUGGCAAUUGUUGUCACAGUGGAUACACCAAGACUUGGACGUAGGGAAGCAGACAUUAAGAACAGAUUCACUUUAUCUCCAUAUUUGACUCUCAAGAACUUUGUGGGUUUGGACCUUGGGAAAAUAGAUAAGACAAAUGACUCUGGGAUAGCAUCAUAUAUUGCUGAUCAAAUCGACCGGUGUCUAACCUGGAAGGAUAUAAAGUGGUUGCAGACAAUUACUUCUUUGCCAAUUUUUCUGAAAGGAGUUAUGACUGCAGAGGACACAUGGCUAGCCAUCCAAGCUGGGGUGGCUGGUAUUAUUGUGUCCAAUCAUGGAGCUCGCCAGCUGGACUAUGUUCCUGCAACUAUCAAUUGUCUGGAAGAGGUUGUCAAAGCUGCACAAGGCCGAGUUCCUGUGUUUCUUGAUGGUGGGGUCCGUCGUGGCACAGAUGUUUUCAAGGCUUUAGCUUUGGGAGCCUCUGGUGUAUUUAUUGGAAGGCCAGUAGUAUUCUCAUUGGCUGCAGAAGGUGAGGCUGGUGUGAAAAGGGUGCUUCAAAUGCUUCGAGAUGAAUUUGAAAUUACUAUGGCACUAAGUGGUUGCACCUCUCUUAAAGAAAUCACUCGCAAUCAUGUACUGACUGAGGUGGACUUGUAUCAUGCUCCCUCCAGGUUAUAAAUUACUCAGGUAAUUGUUGUUCUCCUGCUGUAAGGUUGGGGCUGCAUAUGCUCUGUGACCUUGGAGUGUUUACAUGGCUAGUUUCUGUCCAGAAGCAUAGCAAUAAAAAUUUUAGAAAUGUUGGGAAAUUUUAAGCUCCAAUGGUUAUAGGUGAUGAUGUUUUCAUAAACAGCUAUCCUGAUGGCCUUGGUCAUUAUUCUCUUGCUUUCUCUGAUAGUCUACUACCUGGACUCAAAACUUGUGUUAAUGAAUACCUGGAAAAAUCUGAUAUGAUUAUGCAAAUUUAGCUAUAGCUUGGUGCUUGUA